CUCAAUCGAAUCAGCUGUAUCCCUACGAGAAAAGUCACAACACCACCGGCUUGGCUGACACGUACAAAAUAAAUAAAAACUGAAAAUAUUGUGGAGUGAAUCGGUAUUUGCAUUCCGUUGUCGCCAGACAAUCAUGUCGUCAGAUCCGUGGGAGGAAUUGCAGGCACUCAAGUCGAAGCGCGAUUCGAGAAGGAAACGCCUCGAUGAGAGAAAAAAGGUCCUUUUACAUUCCGGACAUCUUAUCAAACCAGAAGUUGCAGGAGAUCAGUUAUCCGGUGUCACCCCCUUCUCGCUUUCUGACCUCUCGUCUACCACGGAUGACUUCGCUCUUGAUGCCAACUCUGUUGUAAAACGAGAGGACGUUGACUGGGUGGGUAGUUUGGAGGAAGAAGUGCUCUCCACCCUUUCCGACGUGGCCGUCCAUUUACCAAUGGACUCUCGACAACUUUUACAAACUGUGAUCAAAAUCAUGCCACCCUCACCACCCAUUCAGCACAGUCAGAUAACCAAUUUGUUGUCCAAAUUUGCUGUCCAACUUCUUAUCAGCAUCGAAGAAAAAGUGUGCGAUGAAGGCACUUAUCUGGAAAUUGUCUCAGCGGAUCAUACCAAACUAUCGGCGAUGAUUGCUGCGGGUGGUCCAACUUCUUCAACUAUUUCUACGCCAAAAAAACGAAAAACCGAGGAAAGUGGAAACGACGAAAUUGGCGAGUCCUUCGGGAAUCCCUUGCACAGAAAUAUGACAGGCUUGGAUGACAAACCAAAAGAAGACGAUGUUUUGAGUCUUCUGUCAUUGGCAUCCACUCGAGAGAAGGAGAACAAGAGGAUUGGGGAGGAAAUCUUGGAAUUACUCAGCCGACCUUCAGCCAAAGAGAAGACACUCGCAGAAACGUUUCGAUCUCAAGGGGGCACCGUGGUCAAGGAAUUCUGUCCACAAGGCACGAAAAGCGAAUGCCGUCGCGUGUCGACCAACAGCAAACCAUGCUCCCGGCUCCACUUCAGGAAAAUUAUUCAGGGACACACUGACGAAACCCUUGGGGAUUGCUCCUUUCUGAACACUUGCUUUCACAUGGAAAGCUGCAAAUACGUUCACUAUGAGGUGGAUUCUGCCGUAGAAAACAAGAAGGUUGCUGGCAGUAAAGAAAAUGAGACUGCUACCUCCAACAGCAACCUAGACGUAGUGGUUACGGAGACGAAGAGUGUCUUAUUUUCCCCACAAUGGGUCUUUUGUGACCUGAGGUUCUUUGACAUGACUAUCUUGGGCAAGUUUAGCGUGAUAAUGGCAGAUCCUCCUUGGGACAUUCACAUGGAGUUGCCAUAUGGGACUCUCUCAGACGACGAGAUGAGACAAUUGAACAUUCCUGCAUUACAAGACGAAGGUCUAAUAUUCCUCUGGGUAACUGGCAGGGCUAUGGAGCUAGGAAGGGAGUGUCUCGAGUUGUGGGGCUACGAAAGGGUGGAUGAACUUAUUUGGGUCAAAACAAACCAACUGCAACGAAUCAUCAGAACAGGAAGGACAGGUCACUGGUUAAAUCAUGGCAAGGAACACUGCUUGGUGGGAAUGAAGGGUAAUCCGCCAGUGAACCGAGGUCUUGACUGCGACGUGAUAGUGGCCGAGGUGCGAGCAACGAGUCAUAAGCCAGAUGAAAUCUAUGGCAUAAUCGAAAGACUUUCUCCAGGCACAAGGAAGAUUGAGUUGUUUGGCAGACCCCACAACAUUCAGCCCAACUGGAUAACUCUGGGAAACCAAUUAGAAGGGAGUCACAUCGUGGAUGACGACGUACGUGCAAGAUUUUUUGAACGUUAUCCAGGUGGAAAUUGCACGCUGGUGAAGCCCAAGUAAAUCAAGACAUGAAAUGACCAUGUUGCAGACUUUUUCUGCCUGCGACAGGAAGACAUACACCAUCGUCGUAAUUUAAUAAAUAGUUUUCUCCAUUUUUACAUAUUAUUACUAAGUAGGCUGUUUUUAUCAAAUGAUGCUGUUAAUGAUCUCACAAUAGUAUUGAAACUCAAUAUUCAUAAUAAAGAUAUGCUGUAGAAACACUAA